CAGAGCGCAUGGCGCGUCAUUGGAGAGGGACGAAAACGAUGGCGGCGGUCGGUGCACCAGAAGUGAUCACACAGCUGGAAAGCGCUGCCAAAGUUUUAAUGGCACCGCCUUCCAUGGUCAGCACAGAACAGAGGCAGCAUGCGGAACACAUUUUCCUCUCCUUCAGGAAAUCCAAGUCGCCUUUUGCCAUCUGCAAGCACAUCUUAGAGACCAGUAAGGUGGACUAUGUGCUGUUCCAGGCGGCCACAGCCGUCAUGGAGGCGGUGGUGCGGGAGUGGAUCCUGCUGGAGAAGACCAGCAUCGAGUCCCUCAGGGCCUUCCUUCUCACCUACGUCCUUCAGAGGCCCAACCUGCAGAAGUAUGUCCGUGAGCAGAUCCUGCUGGCGGUGGCGGUCAUCGUGAAGAGGGGCUCUCUGGACAAAAGCAUCAACUGUAAAAGCAUCUUCCACGAGGUUGGGCAGCUCAUCAGCAGCGGGAACACCACCGUGCAAACCCUGGCCUGCUCCAUCCUGACCGCUUUGCUCAGCGAGUUCUCCAGCUCCAGUAAGACCAGCAGCAUCGGCCUCAGCAUGGAGUUCCACGGCAGCGUCAAGCGGCUCUUCCAGGAAGACGGCCUGCGUCAGAUCUUCAUGCUGACCAUGGAGGUGCUGCAGGAGUUCAGCCGCAGAGAAAACCUGAACGCUCAGAUGUCGUCUGUCUUCCAGCGAUACCUCACUCUGGCCAACCAGGUCCUCAGCUGGAACUUCCUGCCACCCAAUCUGGGGCGCCACUACAUCGCCAUGUUCGAGGCCACGCAGAACGUCAUGCUGAAGCCAACGGAGACCUGGAGGGAAGCGCUGCUGGACACCCGCGUCAUGGACCUCUUCUUCACCGUACACAGGAAGAUUCGGGAGGACUCGGACAUGGCCCAGGACUCUCUGCAGUGCCUGGCCCAGCUGGCCUCCAUGCACGGGCCCGUCUUCCCCGAUGAGAGCGCCCAGGUCUCCUACCUGGCACACUUGGUGGAGGGUCUGCUCAGCAUGAUCAACGGGAUUGAGAUCGAGGACUCAGAGGCGAUGGGCAUCUCAAAUAUCAUCUCCAAUCUGAUAACCAUGUUCCCUCGGACGUGUUUAACGGCGCUGCCCACCGACCUCUUCACCUCCUUCAUCAACUGCCUCACGCUGCUCACCUGCUCAUUCGGACGCAGCGCCGCCCUAGAGGAGGUGCUGGAUAAAGACGACAUGGUCUACAUGGAGGCGUACGACAAGCUGCUGGAGUCCUGGUUGACGCUCGUUCAGGACGAGGAGCAUUUUCCUCGCGGCUGCUUCGUCCAGCCGGCGAUCCAAGUCUUCAACUCGUACAUCCAGUGUCACUUAGCCGCUCCCGACGGCACCCGCAACCUGUCAGUGAACGGCAUCUCGUCCCACGAGGAGGAAGAGAUCAACGAGCUGCAGGAAGACGACAGAGAGCUUUUCUGCGACCAGCUGUCCAGUAUCGGCAUGCUGGGACGAGUGGCCGCCGACCACUGUAUCCCCCUGCUCACAAACCUGCUGGAGGACCGGGUGACGCGGCUGCACGGUCAGCUGCAGAGGACGCAGCAGCACCUCAUGGCCACGUCGGACCCCGAGUCCAUGGACCGCAAAGUCCUGGACGACCUCUACGAGGACAUCCACUGGCUCAUACUGGUCUCAGGUUACGUAUUAGCAGACGACUCUCAGGGAGAAACCCCGCUGAUCCCCUCAGAGGUGAUGGAGUUCUCCAUCAAGCACUCGACAGAGGUGGACAUCAACACCACGCUGCAGAUCCUCGGCUCCCCGGGGGAGAAGGCCUCCUCCAUACCGGGCUGCAACCGCACAGACUCCGUCAUCCGGUUGCUGUCUGCGGUGUUGCGGACGUCGGAGGUCGAGUCCAGAGCGACGAGAGCCAGUCUGACGGGUCUGCUGAGCCCGCAGAUGGGGAAGGACAUCAUGUGGUUCCUCAGACGCUGGGCCAAGACGUACCUGCUGGUGGACGAGAAGCUGUACGAGCAGGUCAGCAUCCCCCUGAUCACAGCAUUCGGUGCCGACACAGAGGGAGCCCAGUGGAUUGUGGGAUAUCUCCUGGAGAAGGUGAUCAACAACCUGUCGGUGUGGAGCUCAGAGCCGGGGCUGGCCAACGACACCGUGGAGCUGCUGGUGACGCUGGUGGAGAAGAGGGAGAGGGCGAACAUCGUGGUUCAGUGUGAGGGUUGGUGGAGUCUGGCGAAGCAGUUUGCCAGCCGCAGUCCGCCGCUCCACCUGCUGUCCAGCCCCGUGCAGCGGACUCUGAUGAAGGCUCUGGUCCUGGGGGGCUUCGCUCACAUGGACUCUGAUGCCAAGCAGCAAUACUGGGCCGAGGUGCUCCACCCUCUGCAGCAGCGCUUCCUGAACCUCAUCAACCAGGAGAACUUUGCUCAGAUCAGCCAGGAGGAAGCCGUCAAACAGGAAAUCAUCGCCACGCUAGAGGCGCUGUGCGGCAUCGCCGAGGCAACGCAGAUCGACAACGUGGUGCAGCUCUUCUCCUUCCUCAUGGACUUCCUGUCCAGCUGCAUCGGUCUCAUGGAGGUCUACAGCAACACGCCAGAGACUAUAAACCUCAUCAUUGAGGUUUUCGUGGAAGUGGCUCACAAGCAGAUCUGUUACCUUGGAGAGGCGAAGUGCAUGAAGCUGUACGAGGCGUGUCUGACGCUGCUGCAGGUCUACGCCAAAAACAACCAGUGCAGGAAGCGCAGCGACGCCACGGCGGAGGAGGACCAGUACCAGGACCUGCUGCUCAUCAUGGAGCUGCUCACCAACCUGCUGUCCAAAGAGUUCAUCGACUUCAGCGACACCGACGAGGUGUUUAGAAAUCAGGACCAGGGAACCCCAGCCUCCAGCCGGCCGGUGUCGGCGGCAGAUGUUGUUCUGUACGGCGUCAACAUCGUUCUCCCUCUCAUGUCUCAGGACCUGCUCAAGUUCCCCUCCCUGUGUAACCAGUACUACAAACUCAUCACCUUCAUCUGUGAGAUCUUCCCAGAGAAGAUCCCUCAACUGCCUGAAGAACUCUUCAAAAGCCUCAUGUUCUCCCUGGAGCUGGGAAUGACCUCAAUGAGUUCGGAGGUCAGCCAGCUGUGUUUGGAGGCUCUGUCUCCUCUCGCUGAGCAGUGCGCUAAAAACCAGGAGAAAGACACGCCGCUCUUCAUUGCCACCCGUCACUUCCUCAAGCUGGUGUUUGACAUGCUGGUCCUGCAGAAACACAACACGGAGAUGACGGUGGCAGCAGGAGAAGCCCUCUACACACUUGUGUGCCUGCACCAGGCGGAGUACUCGGAGUUGGUGGAGAACCUCCUGUCGUCGCAGAGAGACGCCGUCAUCUACCAGCGCCUGGCCGACGCCUUCAACAAGCUGACGGCGAGCAGCACGCCGCCCACCAUGGACCGGAAACAGAAGGUGGCCUUCCUCAAGAGCCUGGAGGAGUUUGUGUCCAACGUGGGGGGGCUGCUCUGCGUCAAAUAACCACUGGAAACCCCCACCUGGGAUCAUGUCUGUUGUUCUUUUGUAUUUUAAAGAAACCAAUCGAAAGAUGAAUUAUUUAAAUUUGUUUUUUAAAUAAUAGACCCCCCCCCACCCUCCUGCUUUGCCUCUAAGAACUCUGGGUACACGAGGCAGCUGGAGGGAUCCAUCACACUGAAUGUUUACCUGGUUUUCAACUCCUCGGAUUUCUCUUUUUUUAUUUUUCCUCCUGCCCCUCGAGCAUGAUUGACAGACUUAUUGAUGAUGAUGAUUAUGAUGAUGAUGAUAUGCUGACAUGGAGACUACACUGCUAAGCAGACAGACUGUCAGAGGAUUCCUGGAGACAUGUCCACCUUAGAGACGAAAAGAGGAGAUGGAGUAGCCUCCUCCUGAACCUGGAGGCUACACACACACACACACACACACACACACACACACACGAGUGACAUUGAGGGUAAAACCAGUUUCUGUUUUUGAUGAAUGAAGGAGAUGUUUUGAAUGAGAUUUUUUCAGUUGAAAGUAUUAAAAAGGGGCCAUUGAGUUUCAAGAAAUGCCAUGGCAUCCACACACACUUCAUUUUAACAGUAACACACACACACACACACACUACCCCAAUCCUUCCCAAGCCUUCCCAGAGUGCCUUUGUUUUGAUGAUUGUUCUGUGUGUGCAGAUUUUUGUUUGUCACGCAUCAACUGACAAAAGAAAAUGUGCCUGCCAUUCGCCAAGAAUAAAGGGGAUACACACACACACACACACACACACACACUCACUCAGCCAGAAACACGCACAUACACACACGUGUGAUAAGGGUAUGGCCGGUCUUUGGGGUUGCUGGACAGAAAACCAAAAUCAGAUUCUCUAAAGGGUGUAAAUAUAUGUAAUGUUUUCAAAUCUACCAGAAAUGUUUUUUCAAAGACAAAAACUAAACAUGACGGAAAUGUUUUUAUAUGCCAGUUAAUUGGCAGGAAGAGUUGUAUCAGUUCAGCAUUGUAUAAAGUUCAGAUGAAGAGGGAGCGACCCUGUUUUUGACCUUUUUUUUUGCGGUUUGAUAUGUUGUCCCUCCUUUGGGUCGUAGUAUUAUAUUGCAGCGUCCUCCCUCUGGCACUCGGAAAGGCUCGGGUCUCUAUAAAGCAGAUUUAACGUCAGUAGUAUUUUUCUACAGCAGCACACGCCACCGUAUCACUCUUCAACACACUGGAUGAAGCAGAGACUGUUUGAGCUGAAGGACAGCAAUAACAAACCAAAUCUCAAGGAGCAGAGCCGCCUCCUCGUUCAGAGCACUAUACUGGGUAUCGAUAGAAUGGCUGUUUUGUUAAAGAUGUGUAAAAGUGUACAUAAACUUAUUGUAUAAAAUGUCCCGGCCUCUGCUGCUUUCUUUA